AUGACCACAGCAAUGAGCAAACGCCUCUCCGGCAAAACCAUCGUCAUCACCGGCGCCUCCUCAGGCAUAGGCCGCAGCACCGCCGUCGAGUUCGCCCGUACCUCCCCUGACAACCUCAAACUCAUCCUUACCGCGCGUCGAAUCGAUACACUAAAGCAGGUCGCCGAAGAGAUCAAGAAAGAAGUCGGCGAUGGAGUGAAAGUCCUCCCCAUCCAACUCGACGUUUCCCAACCGGAUCAAGUCCGCAACUUCAUUCCUUCCCUACCGCAGGAAUUCCAACAGAUCGACAUCCUCGUCAACAAUGCCGGGUUGGUGAAGGGAGUGGAUAAAGCAGGCGACGUCAACGAAGACGAUAUCCGGGUCAUGUGGGACACGAAUGUCCACGGACUAAUCAACAUGACGCAAGCCGCGCUCCAAUCCAUGCGCACGCGCGGCGAGAGCGGGCAAGGGGAUAUCAUCAACAUUGGCUCCAUUGCUGGCCGAGAGGGCUAUCCUGGUGGGAGCAUCUACUGCGCUUCUAAGGCUGCUGUGCGCACUUUCACGGACGCAAUCAGGAGGGAGUUGAUUGCGACGCGGAUACGGGUUAUGGAGAUUGAUCCCGGACAGGUGGAGACGGAGUUUAGUGUGGUGCGGUUUGGCGGCGAUAAGAGUAAGGCGGAUGCGGUGUAUAAGGGUGUCACGCCGUUGACGCCGGAGGAUAUUGCGGAGACGGUGGUGUUUGUGGCGGGGAGGCCGGAGAAUGUGGUCGUGGCUGAUAUGCUCGUUUUCCCGAAUCAUCAGGCCGCUGCGACAGUCAUGCAUCGGAGGUCAACGUAG